AAAGAAUGAGUAUUUAUUUCGUGAUUAUCAAAAACCCGGUUUUCGUUAUCGAAAAUCCCGGCCCGGCCCGGGUUUCGCUACCCAUUUUAGUCACACUCAACAAAAACGUCUCUACUUUUACCAGAGCGAGCUUCAAAACAUGGCCCGAGAGUUACCGGGUAAAUAUCAGCAGCGACUCCCAUACGACCUUCUGUCUGGCCUGGCUAGCUCCUUGCUGGAUGGUACUGUGUUUGAAAUCGUCCGCAGUCUACAGGAAGUCCAGCAGUUAGAGGAGAGACAUCUGCACACACAGCGGGUCAAACUGGUCAAUGAUCACAAAGCACAGAGACAUGAGCUGCAAAAGAGACACAAAGAAUUACUACAGAGCUGUCAGAUGAAGCCUCACAAUUUACCCAUAGUGGAGGCCCAGAUUGAGAGAGAGAAGGAGACAAUGGAGAAGAGGUGUGAAGAAGAGGUGAAGAAGAAGGACAUGAAGAUUAUCAUGGAACUGGAUCAGAAAGUUAUGGACCAGCAGGUCAUGUUGGAGAAGGCGGGAGUUCCGGGGUUCUAUGUCACCAACAAGAGUAUUGACGUCAGACUACAGAUGUAUCUCCUGGAAUUUAUCACCAGAAUGGGACACAUGCAGCCACCUUGAAGCUGAGCAUUAGGUGGUAGUUGUUUUGAUUAAAGUCAAGAAAUCUUUCUGUUGAUUUAGAAAAAAAACAGAGAUUGAUGAAUUUAUUCAAGUUGUUCUCCCUAAGACUUAAGAAAAUGGAUGUUUUUACAUGGGAAUAAAAUGGACAAAAACAAUUGUUAAACAUAUGAACAUGCAUGAUUGUACAUGUUAUAGCACACAGGCAUCUUGUUUAAAGUGUUCUUCUGUAAAAUCAAACUUUCGUUAGAAUAAAUUGUCAUGGCCUGAGAAUACUAGUAUUUAAGGGUAAAUAAUGAUUUCAGGAGGAAUUGAUUUUUUCGUAACAAGAUUUCUAAAAAUGUAAUUCAUGAGAAAAUUACAUUACAUUUCAUGAUUAACUUAAUUUUGCGAAUCUAUUCAUAUAUGUCAUCGAAAACAAGACAAAUUAAUUCCUCAUGAAAAAUUAUGGAUUUCUCAGUAAUAACAAAACAAAAAUAUCCGAAGUGAAAUAUAAUGUGUUAGCAGCAUUUUGAGCAUUUGAAAACUUACUAGUAAUCAUCAAGAGACAUAUGAUAUCGAAGAAAAAGUGCAUGUUUGUGUCCUUAAUAUUAAAAACACAUUGUAUGGUUUAUUAGUUGAGAUUCCAGGGUUGUGGUUAACCACUCGCCCACUCGCCAAAUUUCAAGUGGGUGAUGAAGAAAUCAAAAUUUGAUCGCCCACAUGGCGAGCGUCUUGUUCCCAGAACAUGACCGUGCUUUGCUUGUAUUUUUAUAAUCCACUUCCUUUUUUUCUUAACAAACACUAUGCUAACCAUGACUUUUGGUGUCGUGUGCAAACUAUUACAUUUGUAUACAAUGCAAGCACUUGCUUGACCUAGACGUAUGCCAAGCAGCAUUUUCAAAUAUUCUGUUGAUGAGGUAUG